AUGCGAAUCUGGAUGCGACUGCUUGAUGAGGAAAGCGGCCCCACACAGUUGCGUACCGUUCAAGUUGCACUUUUUUGGUCCCAGAUCCUGCGCUCCACAUGGAUGCGACCAGCCUUGCACAGUGUCCUCCGGCGGGGUUUUUGCACCACCACGAUAAUACCAUAUCAUGAGCUCCCGGUGUCGUCCGUGAAAGCCGCCAACCUGUAUUCCUUUACCGGCAGUCGACCGCACUUGCGGGUGUUUGGGCGAAUACCCUGCAGGCACACACGAUGGUGUCCCAGUAACACCUCGGUGGGCCGGGGGGCCAGCGCAAGCGGUUUCCGUUCCAUCCAGCCUGAGGUUCAGAGUCGGCUCUUUGUCGCUUCGUCCUCUCCCCUCCGCGACGUCCUCUUCCGAGGCACCCACGUGCAAGUCCCGCCGUACCCUCGGCAGCAAACACGACAGGCCUCGUCAGAGGCAGACGCCCGCUCGGCUACACUGUCGGCUACGCCGGAUGCGCCGCUCCCCAAGAACUUCGAUGCGCAUGUCCCAACAAAAACCGAGUCGAAACCAGUUGUGAUUGGUGGGAGCGAACCAGAAGCCGCCAAGGAACGAUACCGAAACCCGACCAAGGAGUUCUUCGAUCGGCUGAACGAGGGGGAGUUGGAUGAGCAAAAAUUGGCACAGACGAUCCGAAGAGAGGGCGAGAAGAAGCCAUGGACUGAUCUGUUCAAACCGUCCGAUCUAAUUCACGUUAUGGGCCUCAAUAUUCAAGGACGAUACAUUGCACACACGCUAGCCGGUGCCGAGACGAUACCACCGCCGAUUUACAUGAUCAACCGAUUGAAUCUGCUCAAGAGGUGGGUCAAGGCGGGAAAGUGCUUGAAGCUUCACAGGCAAAAGGAAGUCAUUGUCCGUGACAGGAUCAAGGCCCAGUUCACGCCGCCAACCCACGGCUAUGAUCCGCGGAAGCAGAAGGACGAACAUAUCAGCAACCUCAUCGUAACUGUGCCAGCUGGGCAUACCGUCGAAGCACUCGGCCAGAUCAAGCACCGACUUGACCACAACUCGACCAUUGUUCUAAUCCAGGAGGGACUGGGCGUCGCCGAGGCUAUCUGCAAAGCGUACUUCCCCAUUGAAAGCCAGCGGCCGGUGUUCAUCCUCGGCCACAUGACAACUGGUCUGGGGUUGGGCGAUGAGACAUUUGAGUUUGGCGAGGUGCGACCUGGAAGGCUUUUCUUGACCGUCUACACCCCUCAGUCUGACAAUAUCGGCCCGGCCGCGCCCGUUGUGAUCAAGAAGCACCCGCCCACCUUGUAUCAGCGGAGGGGGUCGCACUUGAUCAAGCUUCUCACAUCAAUUCCGGACCUCAAUGCGACUGGUCACCGAACAGACGACUUCUUGCAGCUGAAGCUACCAGCGGUGGCGUUCCGAGCGGUAGCUGAUCCUCUGGCGACAAUUCUGGAUUCCACCUACGACAAGAUCCCUGAGAACCCACACGCUCGUCAGCUCAUGGACAAGCUGCUAUCCGAGGUUGCCGAUGUGGUUUCCCACUUGCCUGAGCUGAAGGGUUUGGAGCAGUUCCGCGUUGCCAAUACCCUACCCUUCAUGCGGUCGGAAGUGUUCCACAGGUUAAAGAGGAAGGGAACUUCUGAUAGUCCCAUGCGCAGGUUGACUGCCAGGGGCUUGGACACUGAUAUUGGAUAUGUGACUGGCUAUUUCGUCAUGCGCGGCAAGACACUCGGUCUUUCCGUGAACGCUCUUGACAGUAUCUGGUCAGCCGUCAAGGCUAAGCAGAAGGUUCUGGCAGAGAGGAGGAAGAGGGAGAUUCCGUUCGAGGUUCCUUAUCAGCCGAAACUUGUUCCUCAUGUUCCGGAGCCGUAUACCCAUUAUCCCGACAGGCUCUGGCCCAUGCCUCUGAAAAACAUUCUCAACAAAAUUAGAUGAUGUAUAGAUCACGGGAUGUUUUACAAAUAUUUACUUGCAUAUAUAGACGGAUAAACAGAAUUAUGGCGAUAAAAGGUGUUAUGGCGGAGGUGGUCGUGUUUUUUUUUUGGAGACGGAUCAUCCUGUACAUACCUGUAUUUUUAGUUUUGCAUAUGAAUAGCAUGGCAUUA